AUGCCCAUAAAGUAUCGUUCCAUGGCUUUCAAGCCGAGUACCACCGUAGCGGGCCUUAUCAACAAGCGGACGAUUGCAAAGAAUCGGCUUGAUUUGGAUAUCAGCAGGAUUUCUGUGCGGACUAUUCAGCAAUCUACAGUACUUGUCUUCUGGUGCAUUGGGAUUUUUAUGGAUGCAGCUGUCAUUGGAUGCCAACAUGUUUUCGUUCGUAUGGCUAUCAUUGUAUGUGGUGUAUUCAGCAAGCCACUUGUCUUCUGGUUCUUUGGGUUAUCAUGGAUGCAGCUGUCAUUGGAUGUCGACAUGUUUUCGUGCGUAUGGUUAUCAUUGUAUGUGGGCUAUUCAGCAAGCUACUUGUCUUCUGGAGCAUUGGGAUUAUCAUGGGUGCAGCUGUCAUUGGAUAUCUGCAUAUGGCUAUCAUUGUAUGUGGGAUAUUCAGCAAGCUACUUGUCUUCUGGUGCAUUGGGAUUAUCAUGGAUGAAGCUGUCAUUGCGAGCUACUUGUCUUGUGCCCUUUGGAUUCUUGAUGGAUGCAGCUAUUUUUGGAUGUCGACAGGGUUUCAUUACAUGGCUACCAUUGGUAAUUGAUGAUCCAUUCGUUUCUACAACGCCUGCCAACCUCCGCUUUUAUCAUAGCAUGUGGGCUAUUCAGCAAGCUAUUUGUCAUGUGCCCUUUGGAUUCUUGACGGAUGCAGCUAUCAUUCCUAAAUAUUGUUCUAUGGAUUUGGAAGACUGUUUACCGUGCAUCUUUUAUAGCUACCUGCAAGUCGUCUCUUUAUCGGUGGAUCUUCAGAGCAAUGUUUUCAUCGGUGUCAUGGCGGAUCUCAAUCCUCAAGUACUUGUAUGGGUACCUUGGACGUUCUCUCAACAACUCAAUAUUCUCGUCAUUGUUGGCAGCUAUGAUUCAUUUGCGACAGUGUGGUCAGCCCUAUCAUGGCCCUAUCAAUUGCAUUUGAGGAUUACUGCCUUAGCCGUUGGAAGUUAG